UUUCAUGCCUACGCACACAAGCAUGGCCACUUCCACGAUCCUUUUGUACAGCAUUAUAUCACCAGGAAGCCAAUAAUUGAAUUUCCCUUAUGCUUCUUUCCCCGUCAAGGCCAUGCCAUCAUAGACACGAGAUAUCAUACAGCUAUCCGUCUUGACAUUGAUCAAAUCCUCAUCUCUAGGCUCCAUUUGCUCCCUAGGCGAGGAAGUAGGAGGUGGUGUGGACGAAAACCAGCCAGUUGUAUCCGACACCUACGCUUCCUUUAGACCAGUCGAACCGCCGACGACACUCCAUAGGUGCCGAAAGUAGAACAUUGCAUUAUGGCAACAAGGGCACCCGAGAGGGUACGCACGCCCUCACCAUCUCGAGUUCCGUUACCCGGCUCGCCCACCUACUCCUAUGCCUCGACCGCAAAUCAGCUCUCCUCAUUCAACCUUCCGAUGCCGCCUCCGCCAAGACCAUCACACACUGUUCUAUCCAAGGCCGACCUUGAGCAGUCACAACUAGCCUAUUCAGACCUUCUCGCUACAGCAAAAUCCUAUCGCGUAGCUCUAGCCUCGUUAUCGACAGCUGCAUCAGCCUUUGGCUGCGCUCUCGAAGCCUGUGCGCGUUUGAAAGAGUCUCGCGCUGAUUCGCUCCUAAACGUACCAGCAGGAAGCACGUCUAUUCCCGCGCUCUCCAAUAACUACCCUGGGAAAGCCACAUCUUGCACGGCCGACCAUUUGCUGAGUGCCAGCGGUGUCCACCAUCUCAUCGCAAACCACCAGCAGAUCCUAAGCGAAACCGUCUACCGAUCCUUCGAGGUGCCACUACUCCAUGACCUCGAUAAGUGGAAACGGGAUAUUGAGGAUGCCGACGAGGCGUACCAAAAGGAGGUAGCUCUGCGGAGUCGGGAAAUCCGUCGUCUGGAAAAAGAUGGGCUUAAGCUACACAAGCAGCGAAGGCGCGACCUGUCUAAGUUUCGGGAGCAUCUGGUUCAGCUGACUAGUAAGUUGGAUGGACUGUCAGGUUUACAUGGGGAUCAUGCACAGGGGCUACUGCGAGAAAGCCAAGAGGCCAGUGCGAAGAUCCUCGACGCGAGUUGCUCGCUUGUGCGUGCCGAAGUUGACAUCUUCGAGGGCUUAGCACGGAAGGGUUGGAGCGGAGGGGGCCUUGAUGACUUAUUGGAGAAAGGGAGAGAUCUGUUUGCCGCCGAUGAUGACAUGGUAGCCUUGUCAGGCGGUUCAGGGUCUGUGGUGGCGGGUGCCGCGAACGAAGGGGCAAAGUUGUUUAGUAUACUGCCACCCAAAAGCAUCCUGGCAGACUCGGCGUCUGAUUCAGGGGCGAAAGGCCGGCCCGGGCACCCUCGCUCAGAUAGCCUGCUCGCAGAGACUGAGCAGUACCAGAGUCUGACUGGGGCUGUCACGGACCAAGGAGACACGGAAAGCAUCUUCUCCGAGUUUAAUCAAAGCCGGGGUGUGCGACCGUUUAGUCCCCAGCCCAUACGAAGACAGCCUACGGACGUGGUCAUGGAUCCAGAAUCGCUGCUCCAAGGCGAUGACGAGUUUAGAGAUCACCGCGAUUCGAACAGAGAUAGCAUAGAGCACGACGGAAACUCUAAUCCCGACGAAGACGAUGAUGAUGAUGGUGAUAGCAGGAACGCGACUCUCAGACCGGGGAAGCCUCUUUCACCGCAGGAUCUCCAACUAAGCGAAGACGAGGGCCAAAUGGAAACACCCGCUAACGAAACCGGUGCGAGGGGGGGAACCAUCGGCUCGCCAUGGCAGGACCACGAAGAACACGGCGAUCCAAAUGCCCCGUCCGCAAGCGACACCUAGGGGAGUCUGCGGGGAUGGAGUUUCGCAGCCGAGCGGCUCUCGCAUCUCAAUCCGACGCUGAACCUAGACUUGAACCCAGAGCUAGAUCUAGAACUAGAACCAGACGAAAGGUUUCCAAAGAGACUUACUCAAGACCAACGCGCUAGGAGCGAAGGGAGAAGAACCGAAGAUGAGAAUGGCAAGGAAAGCGAAUUGGAGUUCUUGCAUUUCACGCGUGGCGUUGGUUCUUCGGACCUUGAUUGAAGGAUUGCAUCGAAUACAUGACAUUCACUUGCCGUAUGUCUUGUCAAAAUCAUCGAAUAGCUUAGCCGAGCACGAUACGGCUUGUACACUCAGUGUCUACUUCGCUGUCCUUGUGCAGUCGAUGCAUACCUACUGAAGUCGCGUGUGCGGAUUAUAUAUCUAUAUACAUACUUACUUAAUAUACCUGCUCAAUUACUUGGGCAAACAUCAAAGCAACG